CGCUCGUGGGGCGGGGCAGUGUUGCGUCUGGUUCUGAAGACAGGAGGAUACGCCUCUCACGUCCACCCUAAGCUCCUUUCCUCAGCCUUUCACCUUUUCGCGCUUGUUGAGAGUCCCGCCUCUACCGCGGGCCGCACCAGCCAGAGCACUCCGUGCGCUCAAGCCCCGCCUCUUACGGAAGCCGAGGCGGAGGUCCAGAAUCCGGAAGAAAAACAACCGGGAGAGGGACCUGCUGCCGGAGGUGUGCUGAUCCGGCCGGGAUCUCCCGGGGCUGGGAGACGCGAGUCGGCCGGGCCACCGCGUGGGGACAAUGGCAGCUGAACCGAGAGGCAGGAAGCUCAGCAUACAUGUCGUCACAUGGAAUGUGGCCUCUGCCGCACCACCUCUAGACCUCGAUGAUCUGCUUCAGAUGAACAACCAGAACCUGAACCUGGACAUGUACGUCAUUGGUUUGCAGGAAAUGAACUGUGGGAUCAUGAGCCUCCUUUCUGACACUGCUUUUGAAGACCCGUGGAGCAGUUUCUUCAUGGAUGUGCUUUCCCCUCUCAGCUUCGUCAAGGUCUCCUCUGUCCGCAUGCAGGGGCUCCUCUUACUGGUCUUUGCCAAAUACCAGCACUUGCCCUUUAUCCAGAUCCUCUCUACUAAAUCCACCCCCACUGGCCUCUUCGGGUACUGGGGGAACAAAGGGGGCGUCAACAUCUGCGUGAAGCUUUACGGCUAUUAUGUCAGCAUCAUCAACUGCCACCUGCCCCCCCACAUGGCCAACAACGUCCAGCGGCUGGAGCAUUUUGACCGGAUCCUGGAGAUGCAGAAUAUUGAGGGACAUGAUAUCCCCAACAUCCUGGACCACGACCUCAUUCUCUGGUUUGGAGACAUGAACUUUCGGAUCGAGGACUUGGGGUUGCACUGCGUUCGAGAAGCCAUAAAAAAUCGGUGCUACAGUGACCUGUGGCAGAAGGAUCAGCUCAGCAUUGCCAAGAGACGCGACCCACUGCUCCGGGAAUUCCAGGAAGGCCCCCUGCUCUUCCCACCCACCUACAAAUUUGAUAAGAACUCCGACAACUAUGACACCAGUGAGAAAAAGCGCAAGCCUGCAUGGACUGACCGCAUCCUGUGGAGGUUGAAGCGGCAGCCCCCCGCUGGCUCCCACACCCCCAGGCUGCCGGCCUCCGACUUCUGCCUGUCUCUGAAGAGCUACAUCAGCCAUGUGAUGUACACCAUCAGUGACCAUAAGCCUGUCACCGGCACCUUUGACAUGGAGCUGAAGCCGUUGGUAUGUGUCCCGCUGAUUACCCUGGUGCCCGAGGGCCUGUGGACCAUGGAGGACAUGCUGAUCAGCUACUUCUUGACCCCAGACUUCAUCAGCAGCUCCUGGGACUGGAUUGGACUGUACAAGGUGGGGUUUCGCCACAUUAAUGACUACGUGUGCUAUGUCUGGGUCAAGGACAACGAGGUCUUCUUCAGUGACAAGCUGAACCAGGUGUACAUCAACAUUAGUGAUAUCCCUGAGACUGAGGACCAGUUUCUCCUGUGUUAUUAUAGCAACAAUCUACGUUCUGUGGUGGGGAUAAGCAAUCCCUUCAAGAUCCAGCCUCACGCCUUCUUGGAGAAGGACCCACUGGGUGAAGCCCAACCACAGAUCUGAGCUGGGAUGAGAGGGAAUCCAGGGCGGAGGCCAAAGCUGGCAGCCAGCUCUGCUCACCACUGUCAGGAGCACUAGGGGCCCAGCCCAGCCCCUUGAGGAGGCAGCAAGUAUCCUUCACCUCCCAGGGGGAGCUGUGGCCACACUCCUGUGCUCUCUCCAGUCCAAAUCUCUGGAAUUGGCCACUUAAAUACAGGUUUUGUUGCUGAGA